AUGGCGCGUGGCCUUCGCGAUGGAGAUCGCGCACUCCCAGACCUAUCGCGUUGGAGGCGCGCGGUCUCGGCUAUAUGGGACAAGGAGCGCCGAGUUGGCGAUGCUUCCCGAGUGGCCCUGCAGGAUCGCGCUUCGCGUGGCGAGUUUCUUGGGGAUUACCACGACGACGAUAACGGCACAGGGGUGGGAGUGGGCCUUGCCACGGACGACGGCGCGUGGAAGCUGUUUGGCGGCAUGACAUUUGCUGCUUUCGACGACGGGAUGGAGCAGCACGACAAAGAGCAGCACGCCACAAAGCAGCACAACCAGAAGGAGCAGCGCGACACGGCGCAGCACGCCACAGAGCACCAGACUCACAAGGUGCAGCACGACAAAGAGCAGUUCGACAACAAGGAGCAACGCCACAAGGAGCAGCGUGACACGUGCCGCAGCGAGGCGGCCGCGGCGGCCGCCGCGUGGAGGGCCCGCGCGCGGGCGGCCCAGGAGGCCGAGGAGGAGCGGCUGGCGGUGGAGGCGGCCGAGGCCGCCGAGGCGGCCCGGCUGGCAGAGGAGGAGCGGCUCGCGCGGGAAGCUGCGGAGGCGCCAGCGGAGGCGCCUCCGCGCAGAAGUUUGCUCGCGCGGGAGGCGUCGGAGGCCGUGGCGGAGCACGCCUCCGCGCAGAGACCUGGAGGUCUCGAGGGCGGGAGGCUCCUGCUUUCUGCUGUCUCUCCCUAA